UUGCACAGCGUCGUUUAGUGGGAAUUGGUUUCUCGUCCCUGUGAUGUUGUGUCGACGGCUGCCGCUUUUUUUCUCUUUUCUCUCUCUCAUCGUGGUUUUGACGGCGAGAGAAGCGAUAUUUCUUUUGGGGAAUAAAAACUCCAUUUCGAAAAGAGAUGAAAACAACGAUAUUCAAGUUCUUUCCCCGACCGGUGGAUCCGAUGACGCUGACAACGGGCAAACGAACGCGCCGUUACAUACUGUUAAUCCUUUAGUAUAUGGCGAACUGGCGGCGAGGUUUUCAAACAGGAGUGAAUAUCUCAGGGCCAAGUGUGCGGAAUUUCAGGGUAACUUGCCCGGUCGGUUGAGGACGUGGUUACCUCAAGCCUUGUACUAUUCGCAAAAGUAUAACAUUCUCGGAUGUCUAAUUGCCAAGGCAGGAGUGACCACCUGGAAAGUUCAUCUUAACCGGAUGUUGGGCCGCGACGGGAACCUGGAGAACACGGACGAUAUCAAAGCUAUCAAAAUGAUGCCACUUUCCAAACUGACUCGGUUGGUGAUAGCUGGUGACGUCACGAGAGUGAUUAACGUACGUCAUCCGAUUGACCGACUUGUAUCCGCUUAUAAGAAUAAGUUCUAUAACGGACAGCCAACGAUCCCUGGUGAAAAGUUCACGAAUUUCUUCCAAAAGGCCCAGAAAUUACUUGGCAGACCGUGGCAGCGUGGGACAGCGACUUCGAUAUCCUUUCCAGAAUUCCUACAGUACGUUCUCGAAGAAUCGAAAAGCGGACUGAGCACCAUGAACUGCCACUGGCGUCCCAUCCACAGCGUCUGCCUGCCUUGUACCGCAAAAUACAAGUACAUCAUGAAACUAGAAACCAUAGAAGAAGACUUGGCGUUCCUCAAAGAAGAACUGGAUAUCAGGGAAAUGAACGUGACUUUGAAAAUGAAUGUAAACAAGAAGCAGGAAGGUCGAACUAGUGAUGAUUAUUUCAGAGGUCUUCCUGUCGAUCUGCUGGCGGGAGUGAGACGUCUCUAUGAGUACGAUUUCACUCUCUUUGACUAUGCAAUACCUGACUAUUUGGAGAACAUAGGCUAGCGAGGGACGUAAUGGUUAUUUGAAUACGUUUUCUAAAAAUCUACAUAUUGACAAUUUUUACUUUUAAGGUGUUAAAUGAGAUUCAGAUUUUAGUUUUUAUCUUAUUCCUAAGUAAUUGUAAUAGAUGAAGUGUUUUUGUUUGUAUUAUAAAUUUGCGUCGUAGUCAAGAUAUUUUCUCGUGCACAUAAUAUUGUUCCUAAGAGACUAGGGAUAUUGGGGAAUGCAUAGACAAGUGAUACGAGCGCAGUUACAAAUUAGGCGCGCAAAAAAAGCUGUAAUAACCCUCAGCACUAGUAAUUUUAGCACACUACUUUCUACUUGUCUUUGAAGACAAGGCAAGCAAAAAAAAAAAAAAAAACGUUAUUUUUGCUUUACUUGUCUUCAAAGAUGCAUAUUCUAAUAUAUAACAGAAAGAAAGUGUAUCAUAAAACAUUAUCUGAGCAAAAACGACCCUUGACUAGCGUGCAGUUCGAAACUCACGAAGUUCGCGGUAUUACUAUUGAGCUGUGCAAAACAUACCUAGAAAGAAUAAUGCUAAAGGUCCCGUUAUCCUGAUGACUCACGCUUAUUCGGGGUUCAAGUUUACUUUACAAUUUCAUCAAUCAAUCAUGUCGUAGUCUAUCGUAGCUUUAAAAAAAUGGUUUUCGGAAAGCCGCGUGCAGGUUAGGUUAUUAGGUUAUCCGCUGUUGAUUGUCUUUCAUUUAGAGAUCUGCCACUUCUAUGUAUUUUUAACCUUCUGUUUAACUCCCCUGAUUGAACUAUUCAUUUUAAUUAUUUUUAGAUCGGUGUGGCUAUUUUUAGAUCAGUGUGGCAGAUUUCCCCUAGGUUGAUUUCAUUACAAUUUGAAUUCCCACCAUAAUUGGCAUAUAUUUUUAUUUACAUUUCGCAUUGCAUGAGUUGUUUUUCUACUAAUUGAAAGCAAAUAGUGAAAAAUGAACAAUCACUCAGUUGAUUAGAACGCUAGCAAGCAAUAUUGUUAUAUAAAAGUGUACAAUCAUACGUCUGGGAAGAUUCAUUGAAGAAAAUUAAAAAUAAAUUAUGUAUGAAUAACA